UAGUGACAGCUGUUGUGGGGACAGAAGAAGUGUCCGUUGGAAACUUGAACGUUAAGGCCAUCCAUCAUAAAAGCAGAAUCUGAGUGAGACCUUCUUUCAUACAAACACAAACACAAGUAGCAGAAGAGAAUUGAAGAUGGGUAUGGUGGUUGUCAUCUCUCUCCCUUUCAUAAUGUUUACCAUACUUGUUUGCUUUGGAUGUUACUUCUUAGGAAGAGCCAGAGGAAGAAAAGAGGUACAGACCAACCCUCAAGUUUAUGGGAUGCCAACUCCACCUCCAGGGGCUUCUCCUUCUCCUCCUCAUUUCAAGCCACACAACACUCUUAAUGUUUGAACUCUAUUUCAUACCAUUUCGCUUUCACAAAUAUAUAAUAUAUACGUCAUAUAUUAUUAUUGCCUUUUCUCUCAUUCAUUGCCCUUGUAAUUCACUCCAAUAACACCCCCUCCCUCUUAUCUGUAUAUCUUUUUUAUGCUUUCUUUUUUCUUUUUUGUCUCUAUCCCUUGUUUCCAGGUUGAAACUUGAAUGUUCAAUCAACUUUGAGUAAUAUUCAUUUAUCUAAAUUCAUUUUUUCUCAA